AUGGAGCUCUGUUUUCUUCUGCAGCACAUCAUCAUUUUGUUUCUACUUGCGUCUUUGUUCCUCGUUCGUAAUGAAUUCCGAAAUCAAGGCUUCAUUCAGUUCGCUAAGGAGCUCCAUCCAACUUCCCAAUCGACGAUUUUCACUCCACUUGACGAUAUUCACUUCUUCAAUCGACGGAACCAAACCGACGUCUCCACAGAAGACUCCUUCCUCGCCGUACCAAGACCCGACCUUUACAGUGAAAUCGUGUACGUUCUUCUCUGCAGCAGCUCUAGCUUGAACGUUGAAAUUCCAGGACUUGAAGAGAAACCCAUGAUUAAUCGGAGAUUUGAGAGAAAACCCAUUACUCAGUCGGCAGAUGUGUUUUCUGUUUUAUGUUGUUCAUUUCAGGAUUUCUUCGCUUUUAGAAAGUCAAAUGUUGCUGUUAGUGGAAAGUCUUCUCUGGAUAUUUAUCUCGAUGAACCGCCUCUUGAUACAACCGAUAUUAAGAGCCUCCUAGAUUGGUGGAAAGACAACUCAAAAAGAUUUGGUGAGCUAUCUUCUGUGGCAUGCGAUGUGCUUAGCAUACCUAUCACAACAGUAGCUUCGGAGUCUUCUUUUAGCAUCGGAGGGCGAGUUUUGAACAAAUACCGAAGCCGCUUACUUCCCAAAAACGUUCAAGCUUUGAUAUGCAGUCGGAAUUGGCUCAAGGGUUUUGAAGCUUAUGAGAACGGUAAACAACAAAGCCUAGAUACAACAUUGUCUUAUGCCAUGUUAAUAUUCCAUUUAACUUUCUCUUUCACACAAAUGCAGAGGAAGGCUGAAAACUUGGUGGAAGAAGAUGAGACAAAUACCGAAGCUGAAGCUACUGAGCUUAGCUGA